AUAUAAACUAUGCAAAGACUUUCAUCUUUAUUUUUUGGAUUUGGAUUAGGAAUAAUAGGAAUGAGUUUACUCUUAGAUCCUUGGAGCCAAGUAUUUAAAUUUAUAAUUUGAAGGAAAGAUUUGAAAGAAUGGUAAGAGAAACAGCAAGAUUAGAAAAUCAAUUAUUGAAUAAUGUUGAUGAGUAUCUCUAAAUUCAGAAUGUCCUUGGAUAUGUUUUUAUAGCUAGUUCAUUUAUAACAAUAAAUAGGUAUUUUUCUUUAAAAUUUAGAAUUGCAAUUCUUUAUUUUCUAUAAAUUCCUGCUUUAUUUUUCUACGCUGCAAUUAAUUAUAACCAUAUUCUUUAUAAUUCAGAAAGAUUUGGAGGUGACUAAAUAAUUUUAGGGGCUCUUUUAUUAAUUGCUAUAACUGGGGCAAUAUGUGAUGGUUUGAUUAAACCUAAAAUUUUACCAUAAAAUUUUGUGAGUUAGAACACUUAAGAAAAAUCGAAAAAAGAUUGAUA